ACUCAGUUUAAGGCGGAUCAUUCUAACAACAGGUUGACGAGGACUCAGUUGAUCCGAUCGCAAAUAAUAUACAUUAUAUUAUUAUAUCACAUUAAAUAUUAAGCAUGCAUUAUAUUGCGCUGGCUACGAUUUGCCUUUGGGCCAGCGGAGUUUAUGCAGCGCCCGCUGAGCCAAAGUACCUGUCGACUGAUGACUUGCCCAAGUGUCCCAUCGACGCCGAUCACGCUGGCGAAUGCAUCAAGCUCAUUAUGAACGAGCUAAUACCACGUUUGCGACUGGGCGAUCCCGAGCUGGGCAUCGAGCCGUACGAUCCCCUCGUCAUAGACCGCUUGAGUUUCCAGUACUCGAGUGGUGCGGUCAAUGGAAAGAUUUCUGUGCGUAAUGUGAAGCUCUAUGGUUUCGCCGAGCACAAGAUCAAAGAUGUAAAUGUCAAGGUCAAAGGGGAUAAGGUCAAGCUACGAACCGUUUCGGAAAUACCCAAGAUGAAUAUCUUGGGCGACUACAAGGCAGAGUUGCAGGUGAACUCGUUGCAAUUGAAGCCCAAGGGCACAUUCAACCUAACGCUAUCUGAUGUGGAGAACCGUGUGAUCAUGGAUGGCGAAAUUUAUACCAAGGAUGGUCUACGAUUCUUGCGUCUCAAGGAUAUCGAGGCGAAUCCCACUGUUCGUGAUCUGACCAUCAAGGCCAAUGGCAUCUUUGGCGAUCCUGAAUUGGAUGAGCUCGCAUUGAGUGUGGCCAACAAUUAUUGGCGUGACAUCUACGGCAUUAUCUUGCCAGAGACGCGGCAAUCGUGGGCUCCUGUUAUGCUGCGUCUGAUCAACGAGGCACUGCAGCAUAUGCCCAUCGAUCAGUUUAUCCAGUCACCGAAAUGAGCCUCAGGCUCUAGAACACUUGUAUGUAUGUACAUACGUUGUUGUGAGUGCCUUAAGUAAUUAUUUUCAUUAUUGAAAUAUCUGAAUUAAAGCAGGUUACCUCCAAUAAA